AUGGCUGAGCAACAGCGAGCCGGGACUUCAGAUGUCGCGCGCGGCGGCCGCUGCCGGCGGCUUCUUCCCGAGGAGGAUUUUGUAAAUCUCACAAAAUGGCGCGCGCUCCGAAGCUGCGCAGCGAGAAGCGCCGGGCCCGGGCGGCGGCGGCGGCGGCUCCUCCGCCAGGCGAGCCGAAGCGCCCGCCCCCAGUCCCCGCACCGACAGACGCGCACCCACACACACUCACACUCGCGCACGCACCCUCGCCUGGCACACGCUCCGCACACACACGCUCACACUCACACCGGUCCCGCCCGCUCGCCGGCGGCGGCAGCGGCACCAACAGCAGCAGCAGGAACAGCAGCGGCCGCGGCGGCGGCGGCGGCGUCGGAGGAGCUGAGCCAGGUGCCGGACGAGGAGCUGCUGCGCUGGAGCAAGGAGGAGCUGGCGCGGCGGCUGCGGCGCGCGGAGGGCGAGAAGGUGGGCCUCAUGCUGGAGCACGGCGGCCUGAUGCGCGACGUGAACCGGCGGCUGCAGCAGCACCUGCUGGAGAUCCGCGGCCUCAAGGACGUGAACCAGCGGCUGCAGGACGACAACCAGGAGCUGCGCGAGCUCUGCUGCUUCCUGGACGACGACCGGCAGAAGGGGCGCAAGCUGGCGCGCGAGUGGCAGCGCUUUGGGCGCCACGCGGCCAGCGCCGUGUGGCACGAGGUGGCCCGUUCGCAGCAGAAGCUGCGCGAGCUCGAGGCGCGCCAGGAGGCCCUGCUGCGGGAGAACCUGGACCGCGACGUGGGGGACGGCAGCAGCACGUCGAGCGCCGGCAGCGGUGGCAGCCCGGAUCACCAUCACCACGUCCCGCCCCCGCUGCUGCCCCCGGGGCCGCACAAAGCCUCCGACGGCAAGGCCAUUGCCACCCGCAGGUCCCUGGACGACCUGUCGGCGCCACCGCACCACCGCAGCAUUCCCAACGGUCUUCACGAUCCCUCGUCCACCUACGUCAGGCAGCUGGAGACCAAGGUGAAGCUGCUGGAGGGUGACAAGCUCCUCACACAGCAUCAGCAGGCAGGCCCAGGCGAGUACCGGACGCUGCGGAAAGGCUUCUCCCCGUAUCACUCCGAGUCCCAGCUGGCGACCCUGCCACCCUCCCGCCAGGACUCCCUGCAGAACGGUCCGGCUGGUGUGGCCCCCGAGCUGCCCUCGCCCCCCUCGGCCGGCUACAGCUCCGUGGGGCAGAAGCCCGAGGCCGUCGUGCACGCCAUGAAGGUGCUGGAGGUGCACGAGAACCUGGACCGGCAGCUCCAGGACAGCUGCGAGGAGGACCUGAGUGAGAAGGAGAAGGCCAUCGUCCGGGAAAUGUGCAACGUGGUGUGGAGAAAGCUGGGGGACGCCGCCGGCUCCAAGCCCUCCAUCCGGCAGCACCUGUCGGGCAACCAGUUCAAGGGGCCCGUGUAAGGCGCUCUCAGGGAUGUGACCGCCCG